AUGGGGCUUCUCGAUUUUUUGGGUCACCGAAUCAACACGUCGCUGUCAGCGGAUUCUGGAAAUGAUGAUCACCCGAAUGCCCAAAAAUUAUGGAUGGAGGUGGCAAGUUUGAACGAGCAGAUCGAAAAAUCUCGAGCACAUGAGCAGUCCCUGGGUGAAGCCAAAGAUCUCGCGGAAAAAAAGGCAGCACAGUAUUUCCGAGCUCUUGGGAGAGUUGAAAAACAACUUCGAGCUUCGGAAAAGGCCCAUUUGUUUGCCAGUGAGAAAGUUCGUCGUCUUUUGGAAGCUCUACAAAACGUUGAAGAAAUAGCGGCUACUAUCAGGAAGGAGAACAACAUUCUAACUUCCAAUAUUGCAACCCUUCAAACUGGAAGCAGCCCAAGUCAUGUUUCACAGCACUGGCGAUUUGCUAUGAGCACGGGCGCCCUCGAUAUUGGUGCGCCGAGGUUGAUGUCGCAGUGUGAUUUCAUCAUGCAGCAGAUCGGAAACAACGGCGGUAUUGCCAUCACCGAAGACAACCAGCUGAGGAAUAUUUUGCGCAGAUGCAUUGAACUGAAAGCCAAACUCGAAUAUCAAGAGUCAAAAUACACAUUUUGGACCCACAUCGCGGAUUCUCCCUUCCGCCCCGAGAGCAUGCGCAACCCGAUGAAAGAACAUGCCAUAGGAGAGGUCAUCGAAUAUACCGUCUGGCCAGGGGUCUACAAAGAGUCAAAAAAUGGGCAUUUGAUUGUUGAGAAAGCCAUAGUGCGGACGGUGCUCCCACGUGCUUGA